UUUUGUCGUCUGCUCUUGCGAGCUUCACAAACCUCGAAGGACAAAAUGGUGCUAUUUCAUCAAGCCGUCGCCAGCGAGCAAGUGCCUAGAGAACCUGGUAUACGACGAGCCUCCUCUCGGCACCUGUAUUAUCAUACGCGCCACCCAGCCAACCUCUCCAACGGGUUGAGGCCGUUAGAUAGAGGGAUAAGUGGUUUUCCUCCUAUACUGCCGCGGUCGAGGCCCUUAUAAGUAUGUAUAUCUCGUGGCCAGAACCAGCUUAUUUUCUCAUCCACAUCAAUCACAACCCGAAUAUCUGUUCUUGUACAAGUCAACAAGGACCCGAUCACCAACAUCCGACACGCACACUUUGACAAGACAGCUGUGCUUCUUCGAUCAGAUCUACCACAUCAUGCGUUUCUCGACGGCACUUUCGUGUGCCUUUACGGCUCUUCUGGCCGGUCAUACCAUGGCUAUGCCAUUCGCCAUCACACCUGGAGAUGCAAACCACGUCGUUCUUACCGACAGCAACACAGUCAACACAACUCAAACGAUACAAGCAGACGCAGUCUCAGCUGAUGCAUCCAAACCUAAAGUCAACAUGUUCGCUGCUGCGGACUCGGAUUUCAUCGAGCUCUCAUUCAUCAACAAAUUGUCUAGCUCGAAUGUCAAAGCCUACGUUACAGGUAGAGAUAGUAACAAUGCUCUUGUCAUGCUGCACCCUGACGGCACAUGGUACUACCCUCCUGCAACAACGGCUACUACACCUCAGCCCGUAACAGAGAAUGUAGCCAUCCCUCUUGGCGCUCAAGGUUCAACCGUCAAGAUUUCCCUUCCUGGCUACAUUAGCGCUGGUCGCAUCUGGUUUGCCGAUGGUAACUUGCAGUUCUACACUGUCAACGCUGGCGGCAAUGUCGCUCUGGUCGAGCCUUCAGCUGUCAACCCCUCUGAUCCUUCCUCAGCUGUGAAUUGGGGUUUCAUCGAGUUGACCUAUCUUGACACUGCCAUCUAUACCAACCUCAGCUACGUCGACUUCGUCGGCCUUCCCCUUGGACAGAAGUUGACUGCCUGUGACGGUACUGUCUUACAAGCACAAGGUGUUCACACUCAAGCUGUUGACGACAUUUGCGCCGAUCUUGAAGAGCAGACUUGCAUCGAUGGCUACCCAUGGGCCGAUCUCUGCGCCUACGAUGCCAGCAACAAUGCCCUCCGCGUCCUGGCACCUUUCGACUACAUCUCACUCUACCCAAACGCCUUCUCAGACUACUGGACCUCCUACGUCAACGAUGUCUGGAACCACUACACCACCACCCCUCUCACCAUCGACACUCAAGUCUCCGCCGGUCUCGUAAACUGCACAGUCAGCGGCGACUACCUCAACUGCGCCGGUGACAACCGCGCCUAUGCCAAACCAUCCGCCGCCGACAUCUUCGGCUGCAACGGCGGCCCCUUCGCCAUCAUCGGCAGCGACAACGAUGUCCACCGUGCCGUUGUCCCUCGCUUGUGUGCCGCUUUCCACCGCUCCACCCUCCUCAUCUCCGGCGGCAACAUUCAGCCCAUGUCUGAUGUAUCAGGCUACUACACCAAGAGCGGCAGAGCUGCAAACUGGUACAGCAAAUUCGUUCACGACUACGAGGUCGAUGGCAAGGGCUACGCGUUCGCCUACGAUGACGUUACUCCCACCGGUGGAGUCGACAUGGCUGGCUUGUUGAGUGUCGCCCAACCUCAGAUCCUUGAGGUUACCGUCGGUGGUGUUUAAUCACCUCUUCUUCUACCAUCAUCGUUCCGGCAACGCUUGAUGUAUUUAUUAUAAUGUUCUGGAGGAGGACACUCCACUACACUUUUCUUGGAAUAUCUGGAGACUGGUUUCUUCAUUUGAUAUAAAAAUUUGGAGGAGAGAUCUUUAAGGCAGCAUAGAAUUAUUAUUAUCAUAUAUAUACCCCCUUUUUAUGUAGAUACAAGACGGGCAUUUUUGACUUCAGAAAGAAGCAAGCCCGCGAGGAAUUAAACAUAAUGAACAACUUUUUGACACAACA